AGGACACUAGCCAGAGUUGUUAAUAUCAAACUUAUAACAUAUCACAUUCACACCCACAUAAUGCAAUUGAACGAGGAAACCUUGUCCCGUCUUCGCGGCAUCGUGGAGCAAGCUUGCGAAAACCCUCAGCAGGACAUCCCCGGAACGUCGGUUGUCGUGAUUGGUAAGGAUGGGGAGGAACUGUUUGCUCAUGCCGCUGGAAAAAGAGGUUUAGUAUCACAGGAGAACAUGUCCCUGGAUAGCAUAUUCUGGAUUGCAUCAUGCACCAAGAUGAUCGUUGGUCUGGCCUGCAUGCAGCUAGUGGAAAAGGGAACACUCCGUCUCGACGACGGUACUCAGGUCGAGCAGCUAUGCCCUGAACUAAAGGACAUAGAGGUUUUGCAGCCAGAUGGUACCUUGGUAAAGAAGGACAAGGCGAUUACCCUGCGGAUGCUGUUGACACAUACCUCUGGACUCGGUUACUCUUUCUUCAGUAAGAGGCUUAGGGACCGGGCUUAUCCUGCGGGUGCAGAUGAGUUCGGCGGGAGGAUCGAGGAUAUGUUACCACCUCUCCUAUUCCAGCCAGGCGAGGGUUGGGAAUACGGCGUCGGAAUCGAUUGGGCUGGUGUCGUUGUUGAACGCGCGACUGGUCUCAAGCUCAAUGACUAUCUUCAAGAGAGGGUGCUCAGGCCGCUUGGGAUCACAGAGAUGUCUAUGUUUCCCAGCCACAAUAUGCAAGCCAAAUUGGCAUACAUGCAUCAGCGGGGGCCAGACGGGACUUUGAGACCUUGCAAUCAUCCGAUGCGGGCGUCUUUGGUGGUUGACCAGAAUGACAAGGCCAGAAUGGAAAAUAUGUUCAACAGUGGUGGCGGCGGCAUGUUUGCGAAUGCUCGAGACUACUGCAAAGUUCUUGCUGUCUUGUUGAACGACGGCACUUGUCCCAAGACGGGUGUCAAACUUCUAGAGAAGCAGACAGUGGAUGAAAUGUUUAAAAACCAAAUUCCCCAGUUCCCCAACUUCAGCCGUCAGGGGAUUCAAGCUGCUAGGCCUGACUUCACCAACCCUGUUCCUGAGCUCUAUCCUGUCGCUGGCGACCCUCCUCAAGGAUGGGGCCUUAUCUUUAUGCUCAGCAAUGGCGGGCCCACAGGAAGAUCAAAGGGGACGGUGCAUUGGGCUGGGCUACCGAAUCUUUGGUGGUGGGCUGAUCGUGAGAACGGUGUUGCUGGAAUAAUUUGCUCACAGAUUGUACCUUUCGGCGAUAUGAAGGUAUUGGGGCUUUGGGGCGCUAUUGAGGCCACAGUCUAUCAAGCAUUGGCUUAAGCGAUGAAUCCGUUUAUUCUAGUGGAUCUACCAAUACAAGACUGCCAUUUUGAAACUG